AUGGUCGACAAAGAUAAGAAAGUGAUGGCCUGUAACUGUACGUCAGCAGGAAUAACCGGCAAUGGGACAUGCCACAACAUGACAGGCCAGUGCACCUGUAAGGACCGGGUGACCGGCCGCACCUGCGACACCUGUAAGGACGGCUUCUGGAACCUGACAGCAGACAAUCCUCAGGGUUGCCAAGCCUGUGAUUGUGAUGCCUCCGGCACGUUUAACAGCUCCAACCUGUGUGAUCAGCUGACUGGGAACUGUGUCUGUAAGAACAACACUGAGGGAGACAGCUGUGAGAGGUGCAAGGUGGGGUCCUACAACCUGACUGAAGAGAACCCAGCCGGCUGUACCCUGUGUGAGUGUGACCCUGGAGGAUCAGUCAGCCCCCAGUGUAACAGUACAGGACACUGCACAUGCAGACGCCAGAUGACUGGGAAGACCUGUAGUGUGGCAGAGGAAGGAUACUUCAUGCCUGCUCUGGACUACUUACUGUACGAGGCAGAAGUCAAGGCAGAGGCACAGAGUUCUUCAGUAGUUGAGUUGAACUCCGACAGAGUGACAGGCAGUGGCUACCUGCACGUCCCAGCUCAGACUAACAUCUACUUCAGCCUCACAGUGCCAGCCAAUCACACAUACGCUGUGGUCCUGAGGUACAAUAGUGAGUUUUCAGGAGAUUCCGUCUGUGUGAGUUUACAUCGUCAGGAGGGUUGCCAUGACAACAACACCAGGCUGCCUGCCCUUGGGGAGGGCGGAUCUGUGAUUGCAACAAAUGUACACCUUGAUGCAGGUGUAGAGUACACCAUCUCUGUCUACACAAACAACAGCAAUGGGACAGAUGGGAUCUUACUGGACUCUUUGGUGCUGCUGCCAGUACUGAGUGAGACCACAGUGUACCAGACAGCCAGUCCUGCAGACAGACAGACCCUGAGCUCCUGCUGGGCUGCAGCUGCUGCAGUCAGGCAGCAGACUUCUGCAGACUGUCAGCUGUGGGGGGACGCAGUCACGGCAGAAGUAUAUGGAAUUCAAGAAUGCAGCUGCAACUCCACUGGAGUGAAUGGUACGACCUGCUCCCCCCGUGGUGGACAGUGUGCCUGUCUGCCUGGGGUGGUGGGGAGGGACUGUGACUUGUGUGCAGCCUUCACAUAUGGCAUCAGCUCAGGAGAGGGGUGCACAGCAUGUGACUGUGACCAAUUAGGCUCUGUGGACCAGUCAUGUGACCCCCUGACAGGGGCGUGUCAUUGCCAUGCCAACGUCCAGCCCCCUAAAUGUGACUCGUGUGUAGAGGAUCACUAUGGACUGCAGACAGGACAGGGGUGUCAGCCCUGCACAUGUAACCUGACCUACUCCUAUAACAACUCCUGUACUGAUGAGGGACAGUGCCCCUGUUACUACGGCUUGGGGAACUGGUCCAGCGAUGGCUGCCUGUCCUGUUUCUGCUCCAACCACUCCUCUAACUGUUCCAGCAGCCUGGGAUGGCAUCAUGGCAGCAUUGUCAACUCCUGGUCGCUCCUGGACAGCAGUGGCAUCAAUGAGAGUCGUUGGCAGGCCAUGGACGGGGAGGGGAACAGUGUAGACAUUGAGGAGGAUUACAGAAUUCUGGAGAGGUUGUUUCAGCCCCAAAUUGUCCUCCAUCUGCAAGACACAAACCACACUGAUCUGUACUUCAGUGCUCCUGAGGAGUUCCUGGGGGAUAAGAGGUCUGCAUAUCUGCAGAGUUUUCAGUUCACAUUAAGUCAGUCGUCUGUAGAGAAUCAGACCGACACACCCCGGGCUGAUGUGAUCAUCAGGGGCUGGUACAGGUCAGAACCACUGGUCAGAAGUCUGCCACACAAUCCUAGACUCAACAGGACACCAUAUGAGUUCAAAUUUCACGAGGAUGAGGAGUGGUUUAUGGGUAACAUCAGUCAGGGACAUCGGGCGAGUAAAGCAGACAUCGUCACAGUUCUCUCCAACAUCACACAGAUCCUCAUCAGGGCCAAGUACACCACGGUACCAGGUGAAGCAGUAGACAUGUACUUUGUGCGGAUGGACUAUGGUACUACUGACCCUUCCACUGGGCCUCCUCUCAACACUAUAGAGGAAUGCUCCUGUCCUGAGGGAUAUCAGGGUCAGUUCUGUGAGCAGUGUGCCCCAGGCUAUACACGAGAGGUCCCCGAUCUCAUAGGUGACCCCCUGACCCCGUGUGUGCCUUGCGAGUGUAACGGUCACGAGGCUGGGCCAUGCCAUGUUGACAUGGGGGUGUGCAGCUGCACACACAACACGACAGGAGACCAGUGUGAGCUGUGUGAGGAUGGCUUCUAUGGUGAUGCCUUGUUGGGAACUGCAGACUCCUGCCAGCCAUGUGCAUGUCCAGGGUUGAUCGGGUUUGACACCAACUACUUUGCUGAGACCUGCAAUGGGAACGGCACCUGUCACAACUGUACAGACAACCAUGUCGGGGACAACUGCCAGGACUGUGCUGAGGGGUUCUAUGGACAGCCUCUUAAUGCAACAAACCUGAAUGGUGCCUGCCAGCCCUGUGAGUGUACAGACAGUCCCCCGGUGUGUGACCAUGUAACCGGGCAGUGUCUGAACUGUAUCAACAUGAUGGGUGGGCACCACUGUGACAGGUGUAAUGACACCUUGUACGGACUGGUCAUGCCUGGCAUGGAGAACAACUGCACAGACUGUAACUGUAACAGUACAGGAAGCACCAGCCUUGUGUGUGACUACACUACAGGACAGUGUGACUGCCAGCGUAACGUUACCGGCAGGCAGUGUGAUGGCUGUGAGCCUAACCACUGGAACUUCAGCACCGAGGGCUGCUCCCCGUGUAACUGUCACCAGCCUGGGGCUGUUAGUCAGAAGUGUGACCUAAUGACUGGUGAAUGUAACUGCACAGCCCAUGCUGUAGGGUUCCAGUGUGACAGAUGUGAGACAGGAUACUACCACAAUCACAACCAGGAAUGUGUCACAUGCAACUGCAACAUCCUGGGCACUGUGAAUGGGAACUUGACCUGUGACCCCAGAACAGGUCAAUGUAACUGCAGGGGUGGGGUCAGAGGUCAGAAAUGUGACCAGUGCAAGUUCGGAUUUGAAGGAGACUUCCCCAACUGUACAGUCUGUCCUCCAUGCUUCGCUGCCUCUGUCACCAGAAUACUCAACAUCACAGAAGAGCUCAACUCCACGUUUGAAGAUAUCCAAGGCCUGUGGGGCCAGUAUGGGAACAUGUCUGUCACAGAGGUGAGACAGAUCCUUGCCCAGCUGAACAGAACCCUGCAGAAUGUUACAGGAGUACUACAGGAGGAGAUAGUGGAUGCCAGGAACAUCAGGGAGCUCAACAGGCUGUAUGCACAGAUAAGAAACAUUUCUGCAGAGCUGGAGUCCCAUCUAGCAAGUCUUAAUGAGACUCAGGCAGAGCUUGAGAUACAGCUGGGUGAUCUUGAGAAGUUUAAUGGCACCACUGUCAUAGAUGGACAGGUUCACAAUUCUGACAGCAUUGGUUAUCUGUUAGACACUGUAAAAGUUGAUGUAGCCAACAGAACUGCCACUGCAAACAGAACCUGGUACAACAUCAACCAGAUACAACAGGACCUGAACGCCAGCCUUACUGUACUGUACGGGCUGGAGAACAACAUUUCAAACAUCAACCAAACUUUGGAAGAUUCAAGGAAUCUACUGGAGGAAAGUUCCAACAUCACAGCAAAGAACUACUCUACAGAAGUGCAGCAGAAUAUUGAAGAGCUGGGAAGGCUCAGUGAAACUGCUACAGGACUGGUGGAACAGUUUACAGUGUUAGCUUCUAAUGUGUCCAGGCUUCUUCAAGAUGUACAGGAAGGAAACCUAACAGUGCAGAAGUCUCUGGUCCAGGCUGAGGAGCUUGUCAGGAGUGCUGCAGACCUGGAGAGGCUGAUCAACGAAACACAACUCAACAGUUCUGCUGUUCAACUGGCAGCAAUGGGCAUCCUCAAUAACACACAGGGAUAUCAGAUAUUUGCUGGUGCUUCACUGUCCAACAUCACUACUGCCCUAGCACAGCUGACUAGCCUGGGACAAAUUUUAGAGGAAGUGAGCAACAAGACCACAGAAGCAGGGGAGAUUGCCAACAGCACACUCAACAUGUCAAUACGACAGCUACAGGACAUGGUAAACAUCUCCAGCCAGAUCAACAGCACCACAGUAGCAGAGGAGCUGGUCAACACCACGCUGCAGGGGGCACAAGAGGGGCUGCAGACUGCACAGACUCUACGGAAUGUCACACAGACUGCUGAGGAGGAAGCAAGGAGAGCCCAGUCCCUGGUACAGCAGAUUGAAAAUUCGCUUGUGGACAGUAAUGAGACCAGGCAGGAUGUCAGGACAACUCUGCAGACCCUGGAGACUGACAGACAAAAGAUACAGAACAUCACAGAACAGGUUACAAGGACAGCGGAGACAUCCCAUGCCCAGGCCAGCACCAUCCUGUCUGAUGUGUUCCUAGUGAGAAAUGAGGUGGACAUGCUGCAGCAGUGUUUUGUGCAGGGCAGACUGGACGUUCUGCAGCUAGCUAACACAGCGCAGGGCAUUCACACAGUCUCUGAAUCAAACACACAGAUGAUGAAUGCGACCAAACAGCAGUUGACUGAAGCACAGACUCAAACAGCCUCCCUGGUGUCUGACAGUGAGGCCCUCCAGCAGGAGGCACUGGAACUGCAGGAUAAUGCAUCUGCUGUUGCUGAGGAAAUGGCCUCACUUCAACAGGUGGCAGAAUUACAAGCCCUGCUGGAUGACUACAUUGCGGGGAAACAGGAGAUGGAGGACCUGGAAGCAGAGAUGGCAGCUCUGGAGGGGCAGAUGGACUCUCUCAUCGCCAGCUUUGAGGCAGCAGACCCAUCCACACAGCAGUGUAGCAACCCUUGAGCAUUC